AAAAAAGAAAAAGAAAAGCGAAUCGGUUGACAUGCCCAAAAAAAUGCGCGUGGCGGCAACUUUUCCACUGAAUUGAUUUGAAUUGAGUUUGAGGUGCCGGCAUACGGAGCGUAUGCGCGAUACGUAUACGCGAUAUAUAGGGCGCCGGGGGAGCGGCGAAAAUUUGCAUAACUUUGCUGGCGUGGCAUAAACAUCAAAAACAAAUUGCAAGUAACAAAAGGAAACAACGGUCAUAAAAACGGCGCCAGCCUCGUAAAAAUACGUAAAAAUUUCGCCCCCCUCAACUCACUCACUCACUCAUCCACUCACUCACUUGCUGGCUAAAUUAAUUUAUGCAGCAAAUCAAAUACGAAUAGGGAAGAGAAAUAUAAAAGUAAUAGCAGGCAGUAACAAUUAAGACAGCAGGAGAAAAUUAAAAGAAAAGCCGGGAAAAUUGCUGGCCAGUGCAGCAGCAACAGCCAAAACAGUGUCGAAAAACCGGUUAGCAAGGGUUGCUUAUAAAUGUACCAGGACAGUGGCUGCAGCAGCAGUAGCAGUCGACGCGGCAGCAGCAGUGCAGCAGCAGCAACAUCAACAGCAGCAACUGCAGCAGCAGCAGCAGCAACAGCAGAAGCAGCAGCAACUGAAGUGGCAGCAACAUCUACGACAGCAACAACAACAACAACUAGCAGCAGCGACGAGGAAACGCUCGAAACGCUCACAAUUAUAACCACCACCAUCACCGAGAGCGAUAUCCAUGCCAAUGCGACGACCACAAGCACGACGGUUAUAGCCAGCGGCACGGCGACCACAGCGGCAACAGCAACAGCAGCAACACUUGCCACACUCGCAACACUAGCGACGACUACAACAACGACGAACAGCGACAUCGAGGACAGCAGUCCGGUGGAGAGCGAGGAUAGUGCCGAGUGCGCAUACAUUGAGAUCCAGGAGGUAACCUCGCCCAGUGGCGCCAGCAGCAGCAGUUACGGCAAUGCAGCCUUGCUGCAGCGCAGCACCAAUAACCAGCAGCAACUACAGCAACAUCAGCAGCAGCAGCAACAGCAGCAACAGCAGCAACAGCAACAAUUGCAACUGCAGUUGCAACAGGCGGACGUGCGAUUGCUGCGUAAGAUCGGCUACAUUGCAUCGCGAGUGCGCUGCCUGUCCAGAUACUACGGCGAUUUUCGUCUGGUAAAUCCGUACAGUGCCCGGCGACAGCGGCGCCAACUGCAGGAGAUCCUGCUGCGGCACUCGAUCUUCGAUCCCGGCAAGGAGCACCAGCGGGCGAUUGUGUUGGCCGCGGCAACAGCGGCAAUUGCUGGCCCACACCUGGCGGCCAUCGAUUGUGCCUGCGGCAACAGCAGCAGCAUCAGUCUAGAGGUGGUCAGCAGUCGGAGUCGCAGCAGUGAGCUGGAGGAGGAUCAGCAGGAGCAGCAGGAUCAGCAGGAACAGGAUCCCGAUCAGGAGCAGGAACAGCCCGGUGAAACAGACAUUGAGGAGGAGCCACCGCCGGCCAUUGCUGUGACCACCACCACGGACACUGUGCGCCGAAAGUCGUCGAGCAGCUCCACCAUUAGCGGCGCCACCACCGUUUCCCGAUCCGGUUCCGUUUCCGUUUCGGCCUCCGCCUCGCAAUCCUUUUGCUCCAACAACAUCAAUCUGCUCGAAGAGCUGCUCAUCCAGUUCUACGAGGAGCAGGAUCAUCGCAGCAAUCUGACUGUGAUCAGGCACCAUCAUCAUCAUCAUCAGCAGCAACAGCAGCAGCAACAGCAGCAGCAGAGGAUCACCAAUAACAAUAACAAUAACAAUUGCAACAGCAUACAGAACAACAACAACAUGUCGAAUCCAGCAACUGCAACUGCAACUGUGGCCACUGCAGCGGCAACAACAGCAGUGGUCAGCAUGGAGCAACCAGCAACAUCGAGCGGCAACACCAGCACCCACUUGCAACCCACCUUGCUGACCACCGCCGCCGCCGCUGUCGCCGCCGAUGGCAGCGAUAACAAUCCGAGGCGCCGGCGGGCCAGCGAUUGCUCAGCGGUACAGGCCGCCCUCCAGAAUCAGCUGCACUGCAUCACGCUAAAGAACAACAAUUGCGGCAAGACGAUGCCCUUCCAUCGCGGCAGCUGUGGCGCCGCCGGCGAACACUUGCUGGCGGCCAAUUCCAUUGCCAAUCGGGCCACCAUCAUACUGAGCAAGUCCUGCAGCAAUGUGGACGGCGAUGUGGCCGCCAGUUUGUUGCCCACCGGCAUCGGGGGCGGCAACAAAAUGCGGGCCAGUGCCACCGACAUCGAGUCGAAUGCGCUGAAUGGGGCCAGGGAUGCCAUGGCCACCAUCGCCUCGAAUAAUGGCAACGGGAACGGUAAUGGGAAUGGCAACGGGAACGGUAAUGGUAACGGGAAUAAUGGGAACAACGGCAACAACGAGUACAGCAUCCUGCAGCUGAACAACACGAUCAUCCAGUGCCACUUCAACGACGACGACUUUCGCGCCUUGGUCAAGGACCUCAAGCGCAAGGUCGAGUACACGGAGCGCAUGAACUGGCUAUGUCUCUCCAAACGACCGCUGGGGCCGCCGCAUCGUAAAAGCAGUCUACCAAAGCAUCAGGAGGUGAAGCGCCGCUUCCUGGAAAUUUGUGAUACGACCUUCUCGGAGGAGGUUAGGGCCGCCCUCCGCCUGCCGGCCUUCGAUUCUUACGAGUGGGGCGACGCCGACGUCAUCCACCUCAUGCAGACCAUGUUCGUCGAGCUGGGCUUCAUUGAGAAGUUCAGCAUUCCGGUGGACACGCUGCGCGAAUGGCUUUACGAGGUCUACAAGCACUACAACGAGGUGCCCUUCCACAACUUUAGGCACUGUUUUUGCGUUGCCCAAAUGAUGUAUGCCAUAACGCGCCAGGCGAAUCUGCUAAGUCGGUUGGGCGACCUGGAGUGUCUGAUCCUGCUGGUGUCCUGCAUCUGCCAUGACCUUGACCAUCCUGGCUACAACAACAUCUACCAGAUCAAUGCCCGCACCGAGCUGGCCCUCAGAUAUAAUGACAUCUCGCCGCUGGAGAACCACCACUGUUCGAUAGCCUUCCGCCUGCUGGAGCAUCCCGAAUGCAAUAUAUUCAAGAACUUCGGCCGCGACACCUUCAAUAACAUUCGCGAGGGCAUUAUUCGGUGCAUUUUGGCCACGGACAUGGCCCGUCACAAUGAAAUCCUCACCCAGUUCAUGGAGAUAACUCCCAUCUUCGACUACAGCAAUCGUGCGCACAUUAAUCUGCUCUGCAUGAUCCUGAUCAAAGUGGCGGACAUCUCGAACGAGGCGCGACCCAUGGACGUGGCCGAACCCUGGCUGGACCGCCUGCUGCAGGAGUUCUUCGCCCAGAGUGCCGCCGAGAAAUCGGAGGGAUUGCCGGUGACGCCGUUCAUGGACCCGGACAAGGUCAGCAAGCCGGGCUCGCAGGUCCGCUUCAUCGGACUGGUGCUUCUGCCCCUUUUCGAGGCCCUGGGCGAACUGGUGCCGGAGCUGACCGACCUCAUCAUCAUACCCGUGCGCAUCGCCCUGGAAUACUACAGGCGCCUGAACGAUGCCCAGACGAAGACGCGAAAGUCGGUGGCGGACAGCAAUACGUCGGCGACAUCGGACAGCAACAGCGGCACCAUAGACUCGAAUGCGGCGAUGGUCAGCACUCCGGGUGCGGCCAGCGAUAAGAUGAGCCUGGACAAGGCCCAGGGCAAUUCGCAGGGCUCUGGCGGUGGAGGAGGAGGAGGCGGCGGUGGAGGAGGAGGUGGAAGUGGAGGUGGAGGUGGUGGAACAGGUGGAACCGGGGGAAGUGGAGCUGGGGGCAACAAUGCCGCCGGCAGCGUCUCACCGCAAAUGCCACGCUCCGGAUCUGGGAUCAGCGUAAAGUCGCGCCGCAGCAUCCCAUCGCAGAAGUCCGCCUCGAGGACGUCCGUCGAUGAGCCCGGCGGAAUGGCGGCAGAGCUCCACGAUUUGCCAGAGGGCAGCGAGAGCGGCGACUCGGAAACGGCCACCGAAGUGGAUGUGGCCGAGAAGACGUCCAAAUUCAAGGUGGACACGGAGGGCAGUAGCAACCGGAGCAAGUCCUCGCACUCCACCUCGCGCAAGUCCUCCCGCGAGAAGCGACCCUCGAUGAUCGGCGAGCUGUGCAGCAGUGGCGGUGGCCAGCGGAUCCGUAACUCGUACGGAAACAUUCACGGCUACCACAGCAACCGCUGCCACUUUGGCAACAAUCGGGCGGUCAGCUUGGAUCAGUAUAGUAGUGCUGGGAAUAAUCGCCGCCUCUCCGACGGUUUGCCGCAGGUGAUCUCGGAUAGUAAUGUCUUCUACGGUCGACACAAUCGCUGCAGCUUGGAGGCCGGAGCAGGGGGAGGCGGCACGGUGAUUGGCCAUCCGCAGGACACCAAUGCCAAUAGUUGUCAGCUGAAGGAGUUACUGGCUCGCACUGAGGCGGAUUCAGAGGGUGAGGGGGGCGGCGGUCAGGGCGAUUCCAACGAGGAAAAGCUGCCGCUGGCCCAUCCGACGGCGAUUGUAGUGGCCCCAUCAUCGAAUGGCAACAUAUCGCCACCGCCGCCACUGGUGGUCACCGAACAAAUCCUGCCCAGCAAUGGCAGCACUCGCAGCAGCAAUGCCAGCAGUGGUCGCGGCGUUGGCGCAUCUGGUAUUCCUGGUGGAUCUGGUGGCCUGCCAGGACCUUCGACUGCUGGCGGUGGUGGUGGUGGUGGUGGUGGCAGUUCCUGGAAAUCGCGACUGCGCCAGUUCUCCGACUACUUUAGCUUUAGUUUCGACAAGAGCAACAAACGCUUCGGCAGCACACGGAGUAGUCCAUGUCCCGGCUCGCAGAGGGCCAACAAUAAUGCCAAUGGCUUGGCCGACAACCAGGAGGGAGCCGGCUCCGGCGGAGGUGCCAUCAAGUCGGGAAAGUGCUGCACCAUAGCCAACAACAGUACGGGUUCCCCGAAGAGGGGUCAGCCGGAGGCUGGGGCAACCAUGGCCACCGGCAACGAUGCCGCCCACCAACGCCAUCGAGCCUACAGCCUGGAUGUGCCCGGCAUGAUGCGCUACUCCUCCAACGACAGCAGUCGCCAUCCCAGCAACAAUACGCUGCAGAGUGCGGGUGGAGUUGGAGCAGGACUGGAAGCCACCACCGCCGCCGCUCAACGAAUGCCGCCCAGCCAGAGUGUGGAGCUGGGCCUGGCCAGCGGCUCGUCCUCGGAGGCGGCUCCAAAGAUUUGACAACAGGGGAGCACCAGGGCGGCAGGACGGGAUGUUGAGGAGGAGCAGCAGCACGAGCAGCAUGACCAACAGGACGAGGAUCCGGAGGAGGAUCCAGAGGACGAUGAGGGGGAGCACCGCCAGCUGCAGCAGCACCAACAAGCAGAUGCCUCGUCCAGCUGCGAGGUGUCCUCCAUGUCGAUGACCGUAUGGUCGGCCAUUGGCCAGCGUUUGAAUGCCCUCGUCUGUCAUUGCUGCGAACGCAAGUUGCCAGAACCGGAAAAUGUCUAAGUGGCUGGGGGUUGCUGACCUAACAAAGGAUUCCCUAUUCAAGUGGCUGGGGGUUGGCUGACUUGGUUGACUUCGCCUGGUUUGGCUUAGGUUUAGGCUUAAGCCUAGCUCUUAACUAUUAAUUUUUAAGUUUCCACAGAUUUUACUCUCUCCCUCUCUCUCUUGUUUCUUUUUUUUAUUUUUUUUUUU